AGCGAGGGUAGCGAGGCAGCUAUUUCAGAUGAAGGAAAGAUUAAUGGUGGGCUGCGUAGGUUUUUUUCGUGUAGAGCCAGUAGGAACAAAAGCACCUUACAUUUUUAGUAAUUCUUUUUACAGAAUGAGUCAUCUAAAACAAAUUUGUUUUGGACUGAAGUGAUGUUAGACCUAAGAGUACAUAGAAUUUUAAGCAUCUGGGAGAUCUUAAAGUUGUUAGCAUGCUGUAUGUUGUGUGAGUGUUUAUCAGAAUUAUUGGUCAGUUCAUACAGAGUUGUGGGAUACGUCACUGUAGUCGCUUAUUAAGGAGUUUCUGAGUACCUAAGAGCUUGAAGGUGAUACAAGCAGUAAAUUCUUAGACAUUCUGAAACUUAGAUACUAUAUCUAUAAACUUCCAAUGGUUACAGGUGUAAAGUGAGGACUUAAAAUAGCAUUGAUUUUUGAAGCUGGGGAUCUUUUAGCAAAACCUUCCUCAUGGAAAGUAGUUGUUUUUCCUCCUUCAAAAGCUCUUAAAUACUACACAAAACUGAAUUUUGGCAUUGUUAAUAUUUCAUCGGUAUCCCAUCUGAAACAGACUGUUGUGAUCCCCUUGUGUAGCCUGACUUUCUGCACAGGAGCUACUACUGAAAAAAAUCCGUAUGUUAACUAGAAAUCAUAUUAAGGGUUAAAAAGAUGUUUUGAUUUUUGAAAACUUUUUUCCAUUCAUUUUUGUAUUAUUUGUAGUUUCCUUCUUUUCCGAGACAAAUUUCCUCUGUGCCCAGACAAGGGAGAUAAUGAUGUCUCUUAUUUUUUUUCAGUUUCAGUUUAGCCGUGUCAUGCACGAAGGCCCCAUUAUGUCAUGCAGAGUCACUGUUUAUUAUGCAACUGAAAUUUGAUCUUCAAUAAGGAGACUGAUGAAAAGUAAUAGAGCUGCAGAUCUAUCGCCGCAGUGGAACAGAGGUAGAAGUGAUUCACUUGAUGCAAACCGAAAGCAGAUCCUGUCAGUUUUGAGGUGAAGGAAGAUACUGGGAGGAGGUUUUAACUGAGCACUGUAAAGAUUUGUGUGUGAUCGGCAUUGUGCUGUACCACAGUGAAGAGGUAUUUCUCACGUGAAGUCACCUUGCAUUAAAGGAUCAUGGUAGACAGUUUAAUAGUUUCUUUGAGACUUCUCAGUUCCCUAGCAGUGCUGGCAUUUCAGUUUGUCGUCCCACAGCCUUCAAUUGAACACAGAAAGGUUCCCCAGAGGAUAGAAGAGCAAAGAGAUGCAUCUGAGGAUAGCGGCGCAGGAAUCCCAGGCAUGUGGGGAAGUUGGGGCCCCUGGUCCGCCUGCUCUCGGAGCUGCAGUGGCGGUGUGAUGGAGCAAACACGGCCCUGCCUUCCAGCCUAUUACCGGGACAGGGGCUACCGACGGCCGGGACGGCAGUACCCGGCCUCAGAGAGAACUCUUGCUCACCAGAAUUCCCGCCACCGCGAGGACUCGCUGACUGCUUACCCUGGCCAUGUCAUUUCUGCCAUCCGUACAUCCGUGCCGCUUCACAGGAACGAAGAGCAGCUUUGGGCUGGCCUUCACACCUCUGCUGCUUCUGGAGGGCAUAACAACAGCCACCUGAGCCGGGGCGCCUUGCGGGGCAGCAGGCAUUCGCAGUCCCAGAGGCAGAGUGCCAAGCCAGAAAAGAGAACCAGAACCAGAAAUCCUAUUGGUCCAGGAAAGUAUGGAUAUGGAAAAGUGCCAUACAUUUUACCUUUACAAACUGAUACUGGUCAGCAGCCUCAGAAGCUUCGGAGGCAGCGUCAGUCAUCAAGGAAUCACGUCUUUCAUCAGAAUCCAAGUCUCAUGAACACUUACAGCCAGGUGGCUAGUCCUUCACUUCAACAUGGGAAUCUUUAUCAAGAGGAAAGUGGGCCUCAGGCCGGACAUGAAGUCCUGGGACCCUCAGUUUAUCAGUCAUCUUCGUUUCCCGUGUCUCCAAGCCUGUUCCACGGCAGUGACUCGACCCCUCACGGGGCUGCCUCGCACCAGGCAGUGCAGGCUCAGCCCCAGGCGCAGAGGGCUGCAGCGAUUGUGUGCAUUGGCACCUACAAGCAGUAUAAACUCUGCAACACAAAUAUGUGUCCUGAAAGCAGCAGAAAUAUUAGAGAGGUGCAAUGUGCAUCAUACAAUAACAAGCCGUUUAUGGGUCGAUUUUAUGAAUGGGAACCUUUUGCGGAAGUGAAGGGGAGUCAGAAGUGUGAGCUGAAUUGCCGUGCGAUAGGCUACCGAUUCUAUGUGCGACAAGCUGAGAAGGUGAUAGACGGGACACCCUGCGACCAGAACGGGACGUCGAUCUGUGUGGCCGGGCAGUGCAAGAGCAUUGGCUGUGAUGACUACCUGGGUUCAGACAAAGUGAUCGACAAGUGUGGGAUAUGCGGAGGGGACAACACUGCUUGCAAGGUUGUGUCUGGAGUUUUCAAACACACGCUAACAAAUCUCGGCUACCACAAGAUAGUGGAAAUUCCCGAAGGAGCUACUAAAAUCAACAUUACUGAGAUGUCAAAGAGCAACAACUAUUUGGCGUUGCGGAGUCGAUCGGGACGGUCCAUCAUCAAUGGAAACUGGGCGAUUGAUCGGCCUGGGAGAUAUGAAGGUGGUGGGACAAUGUUCACUUAUAAACGCCCAAAUGAAAUCUCCAGCACUGCAGGAGAGUCGUUUUUAGCUGAUGGUCCAACAAAUGAAGUCCUUGAUGUCUAUAUGAUACACCAGCAGCCUAACCCAGGCAUACAUUAUGAGUACAUCAUCCCAGGAGACAAUGUCAUUAGUUCUCAAUUGCUUGCUCACAGGAGGCCAGGGGAGCCCUUGAAUGGUCAGUUAGGAAUGCCAGAAAGUACAAACCAUGAGGAUGAGGAUUUGCGAAGGGAGACUGAUGCUCUCACUGGACAGCCAGCUGGAACUUUCCCAGUUAUUCAGACAGGAAGAUUUCCUUCUCAUCAGCCAGAAAACCACGUGCCUGCUGUGCAGCCACCAAGGCAAAACAGAGAAUACAACUGGAAACAGAUUGGAAAAACUGAGUGCAGUACUACGUGUGGAAAAGGGUCACAGUACCCAGUUUUCCACUGCGUCAACAGAAUCACUCAUGAGGAGGUGUCUGAGAGUUACUGUGACAGCAGCACCAAACCCGUUCCAGAAGAGGAGGCCUGCAACCUCUUCCCAUGUCCAGCUUUCUGGGACAUAGGGGAGUGGUCUGAGUGCAGCAAAACCUGUGGCCUUGGCAUGCAGCAUCGACAGAUCUUGUGCCGGCAAAUGUACGCCAAUCGCACCUUGACAGUUCAGCAAUACCGCUGCCAUCACCUGGAAAAGCCAGAGACCACCAGCACCUGCCAGCUGAAGAUCUGCAGUGAAUGGCAGAUCAGGACAGAGUGGACUUCGUGUUCGGUGCCUUGUGGAGUGGGGCAGAGGACCAGGGAUGUGAAAUGUGUCAGCAAUCUUGGGGAUGUUGUUGAUGAUGAGGAGUGUAACAUGAAGCUGCGGCCAAAUGAUAUUGAGAACUGUGACAUGGGUCCCUGUGCUAAGAGCUGGUUCCUGACAGAGUGGAGUGACAGGUGUUCUGCUGAGUGUGGCGAUGGAGUCCGUACGCGUUCAGUGGUUUGCAUGACGAACCACGUCAGCAGUUUGCCUCUGGAAGGCUGCGGCAAUAACAGACCCUCUGAAACAACCACCUGUAAUAAUGGACCCUGUGCUGGCAAAGUGGAAUGGUUUGCCGGGGGCUGGACACAGUGCUCUAGUGAAUGUGGCAGUGGAACUCAACAGAGAGAAGUUAUUUGUGUUAGGAAAACUGAGGGCAAUUUUGAUGUUUUGAACCCCUAUGAAUGCUCAUAUUUGGAAAAACCUCCCAGCCAGCAAUCCUGCUACCUCAAACCCUGUGGAUCUAAAUGGUUUCAUACAGAAUGGAGCACAUGUUCCAAGUCCUGUGAAGGCGGAUUUCGGGUCCGAGAGGUACGAUGUCUAUCGGAUGACAUGACAGCCAGUACCCACUGUGACCCACAGCUCAAACCUGAAGAAAAAGAACCGUGUAACACACAAGAUUGUAUUCCUGAAAUAGAUGAGAACUGCAAAGAUAAAUACUACAAUUGCAAUGUGGUGGUUCAGGCCCGGCUCUGCGUCUACACCUACUACAAAACAGCCUGUUGUGCAUCCUGUACGCGUGUGGCAAACCGACAGUCAGGCUUCCUGGGACGCAGAUAACGAAGAAUCUCCUCAAAGCAGCAAUGUCAGCCUUCGGAAGGAGCUUGAGCAGUGUUACUGUUUUGCCUACAACAGGUUUUAGCUUCUUAGAGACGGUUCUUCUGUAUUGCUGACCACAUCAAGACUAUGGUUAAAUCUCACACCCUUUCAGUUACCGUUAUUUUGCAGUUAUCUUUUUUAAAAUGUUUGUUGUAAAACCAUGAUCUUUUUAAAGCAUUAAUUUUUAACGAUACUAUUCUUUGCACCUGCUCAUCGGGUCAUUAUUUAAAGAACAUACCAGCCUUAGUAUUGUGAAACGAAUGAAAAUUAAAUCAAUCACAGGCAAUUACUUGAGAUAUUUGACCGGUAUGGAUGCAACUGCUGCAUUAUUUUCUGAGUGCUUAUUCUUACUUGGUAUUUUGGACUGCCUUAAAUUAAAAAUGACCAAAUCAAUGAAACAUGCACAUAAGAAAAAUUACUCCACAAAGAACCAGACCCUUGAAGACCGAUUUAUCUGCUUAGCACUCGUAACGUAUAUUUUUAAUUACUUCAGUCCAUUCAUAAUAAAUUAGAGUCAUCAUUAAGCUCUCUCAGUUGUUCUUUUAACUAACUUCCUAUCCUCAGGCAGCAAAUAUAUAUACACUUGACUGCCAAAAAGUGCCUUUAUAUUUAAUUCAUAAACUCUUGAAUUUACACUUUUCUAACUUUGUAUGGAUUUUAAAAUACAUUACCAACCAGAGUGCCACUAGUGUCUACCUUCUAAGCCUUUAGCAGCUGCGUCUGUCAGUGAGACAGAUUGACCAGAAAGGGGAAAAGCCUUUGCUGGUAUAAAAAAAAGUGACUGUUCCCGUUGGCAAGGCCUCUUUCCUGCAAGGCAGUUAUUUCAGUGAACUGGUGUCUUGCCUAAUGUCUCGUCUCUGCACUAUUGCCUAACAACUACCGUACCAAAGUACUUUGUCCAGACCCAGUCUGGUGCGUCACCAGUUUCUGAAACAGCCAUCGCAGGAUGCAGGCCUGUGUGCUUUACAGGAUCGGGCAGCAGGGUGAGUGCAGUAGCUGAGUAUCUGUAAAAAGGACAGUCUUCAGGUUUUGAUCAGUUAUUACAACAUCCUUGGCUUAUUUCAGUCAAUGUUUCGUCCAGCAGAUCUAUUCAUACCACUCCUUUUCUACUGCUCAGGAACGGCUCCAGACUUAGAGCUGAAUUUAGGUGGUGAUUUUUCAUUUCUGAAGUUGCUGUGCUCAGUCUUGGGACUUACUAAAGGCAAAGAGAAUGUGCUAGGCAGUGCAGAUGAAAGUUUUUGCAUUAUCUGCACAUUCUCUAGCCUUUACCUGAGAAUUCUUUCAAAUGUGUAAAUAAGGCUGAGGGAAAAAAUAAACACCUCUGCUUGUUCAGCUGUUUAUUACGGCACAUUGCUUGUAAAUUAGUGAUACCCAGCUCUGCAUCUAUUUCUAAGAUGCCUCUUGUCUGAGUUGAAAAACAGUUUUAAUAAUGUAUGUUAAGUCACUCCCAGUGAUGCGACAUAACAGUGAUUAAGAUGUCCUGCUGCUGGCGAGGAGCUGUUUGGGGCCUCAUUGGGUGUCCUUUUCUUUGGUGGAGAGGGCGCAGAAGAGAGACUGGGGCACGGAGAGGCAAAAGGUGCAGGGUGUGCUAGCAUUCACAUCAGUUCGUGUGCCGGAAGCCACGGGACGGUGGAACUCCUGUAGUCAAAAACUGCUUUGGAUCAAGACAAACCUUAGGUUUUUUUAUUCAGUCACUUGUGAAAAAUAGAUUUUGGCCAUGAUGAACUGUUUGGCUAAGUGAAAUGAAGAAGUGUCUCCCCUCAAACUUGAAGUUACUCUUUCUGACUAUAAACCAGUAAUGUCCUUGGCUGCUUCUGUACAUUUUGAUAUGGGCUUUUUCAGUGUAAUCAAUUGGUAUGAAGCUGUUAGAAACACAAAUGCUAAUUAGAAAAUCUUUCAUCUGAGUUCGCGAAUAUUUCACAGUCCUGUUCCCUUGUAUUAUGAAGAUUUACCCAUGCAGGUAUCUUAUAGAUUUGGGGUUAUAUUAUAUGCCUUAGAUUCUUGACCAAAGAAUGAUAUGGAAAAUGUGCAGCAUAAACAGUUCUGGAAUCCAGUAUUGGUAAAUACAGAUUUUCAUCUGGAUAUCUCUUUGCAGCAAAACUGGACGUACAGUAUAUAAUUUUUGCUAUUGUCUCUUUUCUCCCAAGGAAGUGUAUCCUGUCAGCUUGAGGCAAAUACCUGUUCCAUAGAAAGGCUUUUUGAAAACCACAAGGCGAAUGAAAUACAGAGAGGUAAUCAGGUUUGCAGUCAGUUCAUAGGAAAUAAUCUGCUUGCACUCACUCUUGGCUCUGAAACAGUCAGCAAGUCAGCACAUAGGCAGGUGAUCCUGGUCUUUUAUAAAAUAAAAGGUUAUUCUGCUGUGGAAUAUAUUGCCGUUGGGUAAUUUUAGAAAGAUUACCAUCCUGUAGGCUCCAUUAAGCUGCUGCUAAAGUAAACAGAGUUCAUGGGAGUUAAAUAUCAAAGAAUGUGUACAUACACAUAGCUUUAUAACCUUGUAUUAGUCCUAAGCGGUGCAGCUUUGAGAACUGAAUGAGAUGAGUUAUGGUUAUACAAAUUGUACUACUUUUUUUUUUAGUAAAACGACAGUUUUCAGAUGUACCAGAUAAAACAAAAAAGACUGUUUUUCCUAACAAAACAUCUGAUGAUAAGGAGGCUGCCAGAAUGUUGCUGAACUUAAUCAUUUAUCAUCUCUUUUUGUGGGUCAGCAUAAUCAAAAUAGUCAUUCCUGCAAAAUGAACUAAUGAACCCUUCUUUUCAGCACUUUGAUGUACUAAUAUUAUCUAUACAAAGUAAGUGCUACACUAAGAUUUCACCAUCACACAAAGUGCACUUUUGAAAUUGUGACUGAAGCAACUGUUCGCUUUAAUAAAGCAAUGCACCAAUUUAGGAUGAUGCAGGCAGAGGGCCUGAUUUUACUUUAACUGUAAAUCAGAGGUGGCCUUAAUGAACACAGUAGAGUUCAACAAAUCUAAGUAAGAAAUUAUGCAGGCUCUGAGUUUGAUUGCUUUAAUUUCUUUUCCUGAUGUUUUAACAUUGGUCAAAAUCCCACAGGUAGGAAAAAAAUUUCCUUGCCCUAAAUAUUUUCACCUUACACAGUCCAUUAAGACCAGAGUAAGUGUAGGAAGACUGCAGUAGAUCAUUGAUUUAAGGAGUCUAUGCAGUGCAGCUGCCUCUAGGGGUAAAAUCAGCCUAGAACUUUCAUGUCUUGCAGAAAUGCAGCUGGCCAGAACUGGCUGUGUGUAGAGCAGGCUCUGUCUCUCUGAGCAGCUUCCUUCUGGAAGCGAGGGCUGCUGGUGCAGUUGUUUUCUCAAGCUGUGAAUGGUCCAUCAGGGUUUACUAGCUCCUGCAGGAUGUCAGAUCCAAGCACAGGUAGGUAGAAUUGCUUGUAUAUAGCACUUGCAUGCAAGUGUAAGAACGCUUCUAGCGGCACUGAACUCAUGGAGUUCUCCCUUCCUUUCGCUAGCUGAGAAACUGAAGAAGGUGCUGUGGGAGCAUGAGGGUUCUUCCUGGGGGAACACCCCUGUGACUGACUCGGCCAGCAAGGAGACACAGUUAUAUUUGCUUUAGUGUGUCUGACCUUGGGUCCUCAGAGCUCUGAAUUGGGGAGGGGCUCGUUAGCAGGCAGGCGAGUGCUGGGGAGGGCAGGGGAGGAGGCAUGGCCGUUCUUGCAAGCCUUGCCCACUGACGGGACGAAGGACUACCUCAGGGUCCCCACACAGGGAACUACUGUCUUCCGCUUUACGUGCUUAAUCUGUUUUCUUUUUUCCCAAUACUUACAGUGCUUUGGGAAACAGAGAACUUUAUAUAUGGAUAAAGCAAUGUUUAACGUCAAUGUUGUCGGUUAGAUCCCACUUUUAUAACAAUACGGUGCAGUUCAUGGUUCAGUCCUUUUGCACAGAAAAAAAGCCUCAAGUAUUGGAGACUACUUGAAAUACUUACGCUUAGUGUUCGUGACUUCCCUAAGAGCAGUUCUGUGUAUUGGACAGAACAUUUAUGUGCACAUCUCCAGUUGGAAUGCAAAAUAUGACAUUUUGAACACUGAAAGUAAGCUUCCUUUAUUCCUAAGCUUACAGAAUAUGUUUGGGGGGAUACAUUAGCUGUUGUUUGAAAAAUGGAGAAAAAUAAUUAUUUCUCUGUCAGAAAUGAAAAAUCAUCCACUAAGCAUUUUCAGUAUAUUUUAAAACAAACAUGUCAGCAUUAUAAUAUCUCAAUUACAUGGGUGAAAUUCAGAGCUGGUGAAAAGGAGCAAAUUCCAUUUAAAAGAACUCACAGAACUCAGCUCUUUGCUUCUCAGAUUUUAGCAACCAUAAGUUCUUAAGAAUUUGAGUUCCUGAUCUUCUAUAUCCCAUUUUACUCUAACGGCUUACAGAUCGCUGCCGCUGUAUCUGGAGAGGAGGAGAGCCUAAUUUUGAGAAGGCAUUGGCCUCCCAGGAACAGUCUGCAAUUGCUGCUUGCCCUGAACUGUUUUAUCCAUGCUAUGUUUUGUCUCUCUCUUGAGACCAGUGGCCCUGGCAGAGGUUGGGUCCAUACGAGCUCGUGAAGCCCCAUCACAGUCACUCAGGAUCUACAUAAAGGUUCAGGAAGGACUGGAGCCUUAACUGUAUGGAUCAGUAAACCUGACAGUAUGGGAGACAAAAGAAAGCCUAACCUUUUUAAUAUGUAUAAAAUUAUCUACUUGACCCUCAUAAUUGAUUUUGGCAGAAGGAUAUACUUUAUUAUAACUUAUUUUGUUAUUUGUAAAUACAAGAUGUCUAUGGGAAAUAUGUAAUUCUGAGCUGUGUCUAUGGAACAAGCCACUGCACCAAAAUAUUUCAAAUAUUUAGAAUAGGCAGAUUCUUUUUUAUUAAAAGGGACCUAAUAUGUAUUUAUUUACAUAUACCACUCAAAUUUUGUCCAGCUUUUUCAUUAUACUAACCCAGCUUUUUAGGGAAUUUUGUAGCACAGGUAUUACAUAUAUAUUUUUGUAUAUGUGUCAUACUGUAAAUCCAUAAUACAAUUUUCUACACUUUCUGAUUAGCCAGUUCCUUGAGUGAAUUGAAGGGGGAGAGUAUAGACAAAUCGCUUUCUGACUCGUUCAGGAAUAUGUAUCUGUGGCAAUGCACCUGAACCAGAACUGUACAGCAUCCUUUUCAUAUUGUAUACAUUUUCUCUUUGAUGAAAAAAUGUUAACUAUUUUUGUUUAUGACUAAUUUAUUUUUUAUUAUUGUG